AUGAACCAAACACCUCUUUUAAUGUCCGUCUCGCGACAGUGUCUGCUUGCGCAGAAAGUUCGGCAGAAGCUUAUACGGUGUGCCAGCCCGGCCAAAGACACAGAUAUUGACCUGCGCCUGUUGGUAGGCCACGCCAACUUGCUCGACCGGCUGGCCCGCGAGGCCGCGGACGCGGCGGCGGCGGCAGUGCCGUACGAGGCGACCGAGCAGCGCACAAAAAGCCGGCAUCACGUGCCGAAGAGCUCGCAGAGCGUGUUGGAGCUCGAGAACUCGGAUUCGGAGUCCGACUCGGACGCCGACUCGGAUGCGGAUGCGGACGAGUUCUGGUCCAGCUCCGAUUCGGACGACGACGCCGACUCGGACGACUUCUACUCGGAAUCUGACGGGGACUCGGAUCUCGACCCCGAAGAAGAAGCAGACGCCGAGUGGGACACCCAGAUGGGGAUCGCCAAGUACGAAGCAGCCGGGCCCUACUGUCUCUACAAGCCCGUGUCGCGCUACAUCACGACUACGACUGUGGUUUUGUCGGACGAGGAAGACGAAGACGACGAGGAGCCGGUGUGCCAUGACCACACGGCCCUGCGGCGCUUCCCCGCCGUCGAGCCCGCGCUCAUCAGAGCGUGA